GUGAAUGACCCCACACAGGAACUCCGAGAGCCCGUGUGCAGUGCGGCAGCCCCCUCGGGGGUGCAAAUCCAUUUUGCUGCCGGGGCGGCCAAGGGAUGAAUGGGGCCGUUCUCUUUCAGGAGGCAUGACUGAUUUCUGGGCGAGGGAUCCGGCCCCCCUGGCAUUCCCACAGCUGUAUUUAUGACCCGCUGUGGUAUAAAAACGUGGGGCCGGCCAAGCUCUGAGAUCGAGAGCCGCCUAGAGACGGCAGGGACCACAUCACUGAAGAAACGAGUGUUCUCCCGAAGCGGGCUCUUUGACCUGCCGGGCCUCUGUCCUGAGAAACAUGCUGGCGACUGACCUCACCUGCUGGAGCCUGCUGGCUUUGUUGCUCCUCCCAUGUUGCCUGGCUCAAGAUGAAUACAUGGAGGUGAGCAGAAGAGCUAAUAAGGCGGUGGCCAGAAUAGUGCAGAGCCACCAUCAGACUGGCCGUAGCGAUUCCAGGAGGGAGCAAAUGAGAGCACGGAGCCAUCCUAUGGCUGGGACUGUGGAUAAUAGCACCUCGGCAGAUCUAGACCCCCCGGGCUCAGAGGUAGAUGAUCUAGCCCAGACUCCCUCAUACAGAGUCCAGGCAUCGCAACCUGGGGCCCACCCGCCGGACUGCAGCAAAUGUUGCCAUGGAGAAUUUGGAUUCCGGGGUUACCAGGGCCCCCCAGGCCCCCCAGGUCCACCAGGCAUGCCAGGAAACCACGGGAACAACGGCAACAACGGAGCAACCGGCCACGAGGGGUCCAAGGGUGACAAAGGAGACCGGGGGGACCUGGGCCCCCGAGGAGAGCGCGGACAGCACGGUCCAAAGGGGGAGAAGGGCUACCCCGGGGUUCCUCCCGAGCUCCAGAUUGCGUUUAUGGCUUCCAUGGCAACUCACUUCAGCAAUCAGAACAGUGGGAUAAUCUUCAGCAGUGUUGAAACCAACAUAGGAAACUUCUUUGAUGUCAUGACUGGUAGAUUUGGAGCCCCCGUGACGGGAGUCUAUUUCUUCACCUUCAGCAUGAUGAAACAUGAAGAUGUGGAAGAAGUCUUUGUGUACCUAAUGCACAACGGCAACACAGUUUUCAGCCUCUACAGCUAUGAAACAAAAGGAAAGUCGGAUACAUCCAGCAACAGUGCAGUACUCAAACUGUCUAAGGGGGAUGAAGUUUGGCUGAGAAUGGGGAAUGGAGCCUUGCAUGGAGACCAUCAGCGCUUCUCCACUUUUGCCGGCUUCCUUCUCUUCGAAACUAAGUAGCCGUAAGUAAGUAAUGGCCACGUGGAGGAGGUUUCACUGCCCAGAUGGUAUUUCUUAUGGUCUAAGGAACAUUAGAGUUGAGGGGUAACAUUAAAUGAUCGGGAAAACUUUAUUCAGAUGAAGAGUGUGGAUAUGCCUGGAUCAGACGCACCAAAUACUUUGGGAUAUUGACACAGAAGCAGACUCUCAGGAGACGUAAAACUGCAGGAUCAUCACUAGAAGUGACCUUACUAAGACAUACAGAGACUUCACUACCUUUUUCUAGAAAGCUAUUCCCCCUUUGAAACGCCACCACAGAAAUAGUGCUUAAAGAAGCCAUUUGGAAAGUGGUGUGGAUAGAGCAUCCUGUUUGAGAUAUUUACAGAGAGGAACACCUUUCGGGGCACCUCCCUCCCCCCAGAUGUGUGUAGAGGGAGGGAGAAGAGGCUGAAUAAGUUGGUAUCUGCUUCUCCCUGUUCCUCAAGGGGUCAGAGGCUGACAUUUUGGACGGUUCCAUUAAAGAGGGAGAAGCUGCAGCCAGAGAUGAUAUCAGGGAUUGUCCUGUGAAAUCAGAAAUAGCUGAUAGGAGCAGGGCCGUUUGGUAUUUAAGAAUACAGGAGAAUGGAGUUUCUGUAUGUCAGAUCACGGUGGAAGGGAAAAGCACCCAGAGAAGGCUCAAUAAAUUCCAACAAUGGACCUCAGGAAGACCAGCACUUGAACUGUAAAAUGAUGAGUGAGCCCCAAACCCCUGUGCUGAAAGCCCCUUGCCCUCCAAUCCAUUGAAAAACCUUCCAUCUUCCUCCUCCCUCAUUCUCACAUUCCGGCUCAGAGCUAAAAGUCAACAAUUCCGGGACUUUUGAAGUGGAAAAAAAAAAGUCCUUCUGGUAGCCUGAAUUUUACAUCCUCUACUGCUAUAAUUUCCCGUUAGACUUGGAAUUAGCCUUUGACAACUUUUAUUUAGUCUAUAGUCUAUUACUCUUUCUUAAUUCACAUGCAGCGCUAUUUUUAAAUGAAGAAACAUGAUCUAGGAUGUGCUUGAUCUGUAAUGUCGCUUUGUUUUUCCUUUCCUGCAUAGCCAAUAUUGUACAAAUGUUCAUUUGAAUUCACUGCCUUAAAAACACCGGGCAUUCAGCUGUGCCAAAAUGCCCCGAAAGCAUACACUGUUAUUAUAGCUCUAUAGAAACUUUGUUAGCAUGCGUCCAAAUGAAACCAUGAAAAGAUAUUCAUGAUAUUUUACAUCAAAUAUAAUAUGCAAGCGUAUGCCAAAUGGCAAGUAUAUCUUGCAUCGGGUGUGAGGAAAAUCUGCUGAAUGUACUACUUCUUCAUGUUCUAAAGUUGGAUUAUAUUUACUUAAUAAAGACAAACAGUGCCAGA